GGUCUGAGCGCGCACGGCCCGCGCGUCCUCCGCCCGCCCGCUCACCAGCCCGCCCGGCCCUCGACUCAUGUCCCGCCGCAAGGCCGGCUGCAUGCCCCGCCGAGUAGACCCCGCGCCCGCAGCCAACACAGACGACGAGAUGGAGAUGCCGGACCUCGUCAUCGAAAUGAAGCCGGAGCCAGACGUGCGGCCCCUACAGGCCCCGGGGCUGGGGCCCUUCUCCCCGAAGGAAGUGCCCACGCCGGGGCGGUUCGAGGGCGAACCCCGCCGUUCCUCCGGCCCCGUGCCCGUCGGGAGCCCUCUCCACGCCCUCGGCGCGCGGAACCAGUGGGCACUGUGGACGCCGCUGAUCCUCAACCCUCGCGACCGCCAGCCCUGGACCGACAAACACCCAGAUCUGUUGACCUGCGGCCGCUGCCUGCAGACCUUUCCUUUGGAAGCCAUCACUGCUUUCAUGGACCACAAGAAGCUGGACUGUCAGCUUUUCAGAGGCCCCAGCCCCGGCCAGGGCUCAGAACGCCAGGACCCCAAGGCCCUGGGCUGCUUCCGCUGCGGGAGACAGUUCUCAGGGGCCUGGAAACUGCUGCGCCAUGCCCAGUGGGACCACGGACUGUCCAUCUACCAGACGGAACCCGAGGCCCCGGAGGCCCCGCUGCUGGGCCUGGCAGAGGUGGCCGCCGCCGUGUCGGCAGUGGUGGAGCCGGAAGCUGAGGCCAAGGGCCCCCGGGUGAGCAUCCCCCCGCGGCGGAGCCCCACCUGCCCCGUGUGCGCGAAGACCCUCAGCUCCUUCAGUAAUCUCAAAGUGCACAUGCGCUCGCACACAGGCGAGCGGCCCUAUGCCUGUGACCAGUGUCCCUACACCUGUACCCAGAGUAGCAAGCUCAACCGCCACAAGAAGACCCACCGGCAGCCACGGCCUCAGAGCCCCUUCAAGGCCAAGGCCAGUCCAGAACAGGCCUCUGCCACUGCCCCUCCCGAGCCAGCGGCCCACGCCGCGGCCCCGGCCAGCACCCUCCUGCGCAGCAGUGGCGAGAGCGCCGGAGCGGCCGCCACGGCGGGGGUCCAGGAACCCGGGGCUCCUGGUGGUGGGGCGCAGGUGGGCCCCGGCGGGGCCAGUUGGGAAGCUACCACCAAGGAACAGAGAACUGAACCUGCGAAGGGCCCAGCGUCCCCCAAGAAGCUGCCAAAGCCGGCGGUCAAGAGCCGCGGGCCCGGGGGCAGCUGUGAGUUCUGUGGAAAGCACUUCACCAACAGCAGCAACCUGACGGUGCACCGGCGCUCACACACGGGCGAGCGGCCCUACACCUGCGAGCUCUGUCCCUACGCCUGUGCCCAGAGCAGCAAGCUCAACCGCCACCGCCGCAUGCACGGCCUGGGGCCGGGCAGCACCCGCUUCGAAUGUCCCCACUGCUGUGUGCCCUUCGGCCUGCGCGCCACCCUGGACAAACACCUGCGGCAGAAGCACCCCGAGGUGGCCGGGGACGCCUGAGGCGCGGGAACGCCCUCUCUGCGGUCCCUGGUACCACCGUUACCGUGCUUGUCGACCUUGGCCUUGGCUCUGCUGCGAGUAAACCUCCCGCCUAGAACACACACGUUUGGACUCUGGCUUCCUUGGGGUGUCGGAGGUGGGGCGGGAGGCUUCCCCCUUUAGGGUGGACGGCUGGACAGACCGGUUUGCAGUGAGGGGGUGAGGGGAAAGGCCAGCCCCCAGUGCCCCAGGCACAGCAAGACUGGCACAGAAAGCCGUGCUCCCGGUUCCCAGUGUGGGCGAGGCCAGGGCAGGGGCCGAGACGAGGGUGGGGAGAAGCCCGGACCUGUCACCAGAGGCCCCCGGGCAAAGUCCUGGCCCGUCCUCCACAUGCCCGGUCCAGGCCCUUCCCCACAGAUCCCCACUGAUCGUGCCCCUGCCCUCACGGACUGCAGCAGAAGCACUUCUGAUGAACAAGGAGCCGCCACCUAGACACCCGGGUGUGGGCAGGACUUGCCACGUGGGCUCCUAGCGUUGGCUCCUGUCCCCAGACCCAACCAGCUUCCUCCCCAGCUAUCCCUGGUGGCUGGACACUGACCACACAGAUGACACCGAGGCCAGGUAAAGGGAAUUAAAUAGCGAGUGAUUUUAUUUCAUUAGAGAUAAAACCAGCAGCAUCACAGCCUGAGCCCUCACCCCACCCCCCAGUCCCCCACACUUCUGCCUAAUGUCGGUAAUGGGGACUUCGAGAUCGCGACCUUGAGCGCCUGGAGAGAGAAAGGAGGGACCCCGUGAGGGCUGGGUGAAGCAGCCACACUGCAUGCACACGCACCCGUGACCAGGAGCGAGCUGCGGAGGGAGGGAGGGACGCUAACGGGACCAGGCCAGCCUCCACACGCAGAGGGGUACAGAGAGGGAAUGGAGAAUCGAGGCAGGGACGUCAUGUUCCAGGGAGCGGGGCUGGCUUGCUUACCUUCGGGAAGAGCUGUAUUCCCGACCUGGAAAGAAAAGAGAACAAAGCACACACACGCCCAGGGACGGGGCUCCAGGGCUGGACUUCAACGCGGCAUCCAGCGGCGGCCGUGGGGAUACUUACUGUAACGGGGGGAGGGUGAGCGGCUCUGCCGGCUGUACUGACGUUCCCAUUCUUCUCUCUCCUUCUCUCUGCGUUCCCGCUCCCUGCAGAGAAAGGGAGGCGACCCAGGGGAAGGCAUGAGCACGCGGAGAGAAUGCUGAACUUGAGGGCGGGCUGGGUUGCCUGCCCGGGGCAGGUGCUUCCAACAUCCCAGUCCAAGGGCAGGGUAAACCCAAGGGCAGGUACUGCUGCCGUCCUUGAUUGGAAAUGAGAACACUGAGCUCAGAGGGAACAGGCUGGGCAGAGCCAGGACUGGAAUGUCAGUCGGCCUGGCUUUGAAAGGCCUGCUGAACAAACACACAGAACUGGCAAGUUUGGCCACUUCCUGUCAGUUUAGGUGGUCUCAAAACACAGGGACUCACACACUACGUGCUUUACCAGCCUUUGUCAUAAAGUCGGGGACUGGGCCCCUUCUACUCGCCUGGCCCUGAUCUCAGUGAAUCCAGCCAACAAGCCCGUAAGGAGGGACAACCGUUCCAUCCUCAUUUAGCAGACGAGCAAACGGAGGCCCAGACAGGAAAAAGGCCCACAGCUGGGGGCGGCAGAGGCAGGAUCAGAACUGGCCACAACGCUGAGUCCCUGGGCACUCUACUUCCCCACCUGACAAGCAGGCAGCGUCCUCAGAGGCACACAUGAUGGGCUCGCAAAAAGCAAACCACAGUGACAAACACGACGAGCAGACUUCUGACAUGCUAGGGACUGCGCUGGAAGCCCCACGGAAGGAUCCCCCGGAGAGGAAGUGGAGAGUCCCCGCUCAAAGGUGAAGUUGCUUGUCUGAGGACCCACAUCAAGUACGAGUGGAACCAGAAAGAAACAUGGCCCUGCCACCGACGGACUCUCCUCCUCGCCAACACUGAGCACUUAGAUCUCUGGUUCUGCACACUGGCCCCGAGCGAGCAGGCCUACGGUUUCCGAGCACUAAUCCCUGAGCUACCCUGUGAGGUCGUCACCGAGAUCUGUCCUGGCUGCAGAGUAUGAAAUGAGGUUUUAAGUGAAAUAAGAUAAAUAAAAAUAAUUAAAAAAAAAAAAAAAAAAAA